CGAGUGGAGGGCCGGCGCGCCAUGGGGAGCCCCGCACUUUGGCCCGCGCUGCUGCUGCUGCUGUUGCGAGUCCCCCCGAGCCGCGGCUUCCCAGGAUCUGGAGACUCACCGCUAGAAGAUGAUGAAGUUGGGUACUUACACCCUAGAUAUAAAGACACCCCAUGGUGCUCCCCCAUCAAGGUGAAGUACGGGGAUGUGUACUGCAGGGCCCCUCAAGGAGGAUACUACAAAACAGCCCUGGGAACCAGGUGUGAUAUUCGCUGCCAGAAGGGCUAUGAGCUUCAUGGCUCUUCCCAGCUGAUCUGCCAGUCAAACAAACGGUGGUCCGACAAGGUCAUCUGCAAGCAAAAGCGAUGUCCUACCCUCGCCAUGCCAGCGAAUGGAGGGUUCAAGUGUGUGGAUGGUGCCUACUUUAACUCGCGGUGUGAGUACUACUGCUCGCCAGGGUACACGCUGAAAGGGGAGCGGACGGUCACGUGUCUGGACAGCAAGGUCUGGAGUGGCUCGCCAGCCUCUUGUGUUGAUAUGGAACCUCCUAGAAUCAAGUGCCCAAGUGUGAAGGAACGCAUUGCUGAACCCAAUAAGCUGACAGUCCGGGUGUCCUGGGAUACCCCUGAGGGAAGAGACACAGCAGACGGCAUUCUAACUGAUGUUAUUCUAAAGGGCCUCCCCCCAGGCUCGAAUUUUCCAGAAGGAGACCACAAGAUCCAGUACACAGUUUAUGACCGAGCAGAAAACAAGGGCACUUGCAAAUUUCGAGUUAAAGUAAGAGUCAGACGCUGUGGCAAACUCAACGCCCCAGAGAACGGUUACAUGAAGUGCUCCAGUGACGGGGAUAAUUACGGGGCCACCUGCGAGUUCUCCUGCAUUGGUGGCUACGAGCUCCAGGGCAGCCCGGCCCGAGUGUGCCAGUCCAACCUGGCAUGGUCUGGCACGGAGCCCACCUGUGCAGCCAUGAAUAUCAAUGUAGGCAUCAGAACAGCAGCUGCACUUCUGGAUCAGUUUUAUGAGAAAAGGAGACUCCUCAUUGUAUCUACACCCACAGCCCGAAACCUCCUCUACAGGCUGCAGUUGGGAAUGCUACAGCAAGCACAGUGUAACCUGGAUCUUCGACAUAUCACUGUGGUAGAGCUGGUAGGUGUGUUCCCGACCCUCAUUGGCAGGAUAGGAGCAAAGAUUAUGCCUCCAGCCCUAGCUCUGCAGCUCAGAUUGUUGCUACGAAUCCCACUCUAUUCCUUCAGCAUGGUACUAGUAGAUAAGCAUGGCAUGGACAAGGAGCGCUAUGUCUCCCUGGUGACACCUGUGGCCCUCUUCAACCUGAUUGACACUUUCCCCUUGAGAAAAGAGGAGAUGAUCCUGCAAGCUGAAAUGGGCCAGACCUGUAACACCUGAUGUUAUGGUUCCUCUCUCUGCAGUCUCUCUUCUCUUUCUAUAUAGUGUUAUGCACACUGAAAGGCCUUAAAAAUAUCCUUGAUGUACAGAUUUUUAUUUGUAAUUUUUAAAGUCUAUUUUAUUAUGACCUUUCUUUGCACUUAAAAAUUAGCACAAUACUCUUUGUACUUUGAAGUUUUCCAAAAAAUGAUACGACUAUGUUUACUAUUUCCAACGUUCUUUACUCCAUGAUGGCUGGUUAAUUUUGUAGAGAAAUUAGAAACCACAAUCAUACACAUGCUUUUAAUAUGUUAUUCAGUGUGAUAAGUAACUUUUCUUCAAUCUUUUUUAACAUAAAACUUACUAAUAAAAUAUUUUGGAGCAAAUUUA